AUGCGAUUCUCUCGGCAUUUGUUGCUAUCUUCUCGACGUCUUACGAAUACUUUACAUUCAACGACGAAUCUAGCGAAUAGUCUAAUAUUCAAUUUGUAUUGUACUCCAGUUCGAUUCGUUACAACUGCACCACCCCGCCAUAUAUUCGCUGAUCAUUCGGUAGGUAUUGGUAGUCUACCUUUACCGCCGGAGGAAACGCAGGCAGAACGUGAGUUGCUAAAUACCUUGCCAGAAUUCCAAGAAGCUGCGCAGAUUCUUCUAGGCCAAGGCGGAGAUGAAGCACGUUUUCUGCCCAAUUCCAAACGUGCUGAGAAGUCAUUACCUAAAUUGCAGCGCACAGUAGAGAUCUGUCGCUCAACGAUGGGAUUUCAUAGCGUGUAUCUACAAGCAGCUCUACGUCAUCUUGUGGCUACACUCUUUAUGAAAGGAGAUGUAAAGGAAGCAGCGAAGAUCAUGCAAGAGCGUGGCGAAGUCAUGCAAUGGCCAAUGGCAGAGCACGAGCGUAUGUUGCGUCUAUUGCUGCGCUCUAAUUUACCCAAACAAGCGGAAGAUUGGUGUCAAAAAGAAACAUUUUUAAAACAAUCUCCGCAAGAUGAGAUUGUACCUCUUAAAUGGACGCUGUAUGAGCUGAUUAGAAUACUUUUGAAAGGAGGUAUUGAGCAAUUGGCCAAGGCUGUGGACGAUCCGCUAUAUGUGCAAGCUGUCGAAACGCUUCGUGAGAAGAAAGAUGUGGUCUUGAAGCACGAAAAAGUGAGCACGUUAAAGGCAAAUGAAGUGCAGCUUGGACGUGAUAUUCCAUACUUAUUGGCACAGUAUGCGUCAUUAUCAGUUGCAAGCACACGUGCACUCGAGAGGGACUAUGGAAAAGACUCAAAAUCGCCCCCUACAGACGCACAGCUAAUAAGUCUUAACCAGGCCGAGAUUCUUUACAAAGAAGCUUUGGAAUGGGUCGAGAAAAUUGCCGCUGAAGAGAACAAAAAUGCAUUAUUGGCUUCUGGACCGAAUGCUCCGUUUGGAGCAUGGGUUCAGACGAAUCUUGGCGAGCUGAUGCUUCGCAAAAAUAAGCCAGAAGAAGCUAUGGAGUGGCUCGGAAAAGCUUUAAGUACAUUGCAAGCUGAACAGACUGGUGUCGGAGGCAGUGCACUUGCAAUGACUCGUGUACUUGGCCAGAUUGCCAAAGGCAGUCAUAUACUGGGUCAAGCUGUCACGAGUGAAGGAUUAUUUGUGACGGUUGUCGAGUCGUUCGAGCGCGAAAUCAAAUUAUCCGCAACCGAUAAAGUUGAGUUUGCACGCGUGUUGCGAGCUUAUGGCGAUCUGUUGGCUAAUUGGGAUAAGCGUGAAGCUGAUGCUGCGAAAAGAUACGCGCAAGCUGAAAGCGUGGAGAAGGAGAUCGCAGAUAUAUGCAAGACAAACCAGAGCGUGGCUGCGUUGCACCCGAUUUUUUAUUUGCCGCUGUGA